UCUCUCUCUCUCUCUCUCUCUCUCUCUCUCUCUNUUAGCUCUGGUACUUCAGUGAUGUCCAUCCAUAUGUCCUCAACUCAUGUCUUUCCAGCUCAGGAUAUGAACUCGACGUAUUUGGAAUCGUUUGGCCUAACUAUCUCCUAUCUAGCUGCAUUAUCUACUUACGAUAGUGAUAGGUACUGUAUGACGACCUACGCCCGGCCGCAAAACUCUGGUCCAGUUCCUGCCCUAGCAGCCAUGUCGUUGGCGCAACAUAUCGACCCCGACGAAAUCAUCCGCCAGGUACGGGACAAUCCCGACAGCUGGAAACAACACCUCCACACCGAAAACGCCGUCACCAGCGUGACCCCCUACUCGACACGGUACGCAAGCAAGGAGAGCAUCCCCAAAUUCCGCAUCCCGACCGAGGGCGCGCCCUCGCAGGUGGUCGCUCAGCUGCUGAAGGAUGAACUGGAUCUGGAUGGGAAGCCGAAUCUGAAUCUUGCCAGGUUGGUAGAACCGAAGUCAUGGGAUUGUAGUCCCGGAAUGUGGUCGCUGAUUGUUUCUCAACGCAACAGCUUCGUUGGCACCUACAUGGAGAGAGAGGCAAAUGCCCUCGUUGCCGAGAACAUUGCCAAAAACCUGGCCGAUGCAGACGAGUAUCCUGCCCUCAUGGCGAUGCAUGCCCGCUGCGUGUCGAUCAUCGCCAACCUCUGGGGUGCGCAGAAGAAUGAAAACGCAGUGGGCUCUGCAACGGUCGGCUCGUCCGAAGCCAUCCAUCUCGGAGGGCUGGCGAUGAAGCGCAGAUGGCAGGAAAAGCGCCGGGCUGCAGGCAAAGACACGUCUCGACCCAAUAUCAUCAUGGGCGCCAACGCCCAGGUCGCGCUGGAGAAGUUUGCGCGGUACUUCGAGGUCGAGCCGAGGAUCCUCGACGUGUCUGAGAAGAGCCAAUUCCGUCUCGAUCCGGAUCUGGUCCGACAGAACCUGGAUGAGAAUACCAUUGGCAUCUUCGUCGUUCUGGGCAGCACCUACACGGGUCACUUCGAACCCGUCGAGGAGGUUUCCAAGAUCCUGGACGAGUUCCAAGCGGAAACCGGCCAUGAUAUCCCGAUUCACGUGGAUGCGGCCAGCGGGGGGUUCGUCGCUCCGUUUACCCAUGCGGGUGCUGGGCAGAAAUGGAAUUUUGAGCUCCCCCGCGUCAAAUCCAUCAACUCUUCCGGCCACAAAUUCGGCCUGGUGUACCCCGGCCUGGGAUGGAUCAUCUGGCGCGAUCAAUCGUACCUGCCCAAGGACCUGAUCUUCGAGCUGCACUAUCUCGGCGGCACGGAGGAGUCGUAUACGCUCAACUUCUCCCGGCCGGGGGCACCGGUGAUCGGGCAGUACUACAACCUGAUCCACCUGGGCUUCAACGGCUACCGGGACAUCAUGGAGAGCUGCCUGGCGAAUGCGCGCCUGCUGAGCAAGGCGCUCGAGCGGACCGGGUGGUUUACCUGCGUCAGUUGCAUCCACCGCAAGAAAGAAGUGAAGAGCGUCAUAGAGGCCGCGUUUCCUACGCCGUUGGAGGAGGAGACGUCGGCGGACUACGAAGCCGGCUUGCCCGUCGUGGCUUUCCGGCUGUCUGACGCGUUCAGGAAGAAGUAUCCGCACGUGAAGCAGGAGAGCAUCAGUAUCCUGCUCCGGUCGAAACAGUACAUCAUUCCGAACUACCCCCUCCCACGCAAGGAGCAACACACGGAAAUCCUGCGCGUGGUCGUCCGCGAGAGCAUGUCUGCCGACCUCCUCGAGCGGCUCAUCAGCGACAUUGUGGCCGUCACGGAGAGACUGGUGGAUUCCGAUCCGGUGGACUUGUCGAGUCUGCAGAUCCAUCCCAAUACUGUUGAGAAGUCGCGGUCUCGGUACAGAAGACAUGGACAGCAGCAGCAUGAUCAACCGCGGAGUCGGCUGGGGGGUAUGGGAGAGGGGAUUCACAAGAGCGUCUGUUGA